AUGGAAGACGCUCUGGAGGGAUAUGAUGAUACUAACCGUGCAUUCCUUCAAGCAUUAUUGGCACGAGGUAGUUUGGAUCUGGAUGAGGGCAAAGAACUGCUCGCUCACAUUUUCACAGUCAAAGAUGAACGAGUUACGUCCAAAGAUGAUGUUACAUUGGAUGAUUUGAAAUCCUACAUAGCUAGCGCAGCUCAAGCUCUCUCGCCGUUCGAUUACGAGAUUAGAAGCAUGAGACAUCAACUCUCAAACAAACAAACCUGGGCUCUCGUCAACAGUGCCAGCGAUCCUCUCACCCAGCUUGCGACAACUUUUACAACCGAAGAAAUGUUCUAUAUCAAGCGGCUGCUGGAUGCUAUGUUUGAAACAUUCAAUACUAAAGGAAAGGAGCUCAUGGCCAUUACCAGUACGCAGGCUAUCCAUUCAUCAAUCAUCGGAGGAUCCGGUCGGCAGAGCAUAGGCGACGAGGAUAUGCAGGUUGUAGAUAACGGUGUCAAGAGAUCAGAUGGAGAGAGGAUACUGUCAGAAUUGAUAGCGCAAGGGUGGUUCGAACGAAGCGAACGAGGAUACUAUUCUUUGACACCUCGCGCAAUACUGGAGCUUCGAAGCUGGCUUAUCGAUACAUACAACGAUUCAGACGAUCCCGAUGAGUGGCAACCGAUCAAAAAUUGCGAAGCAUGCAAAGGGAUCGUCACAGUUGGAUUAAGAUGUUCGAAAAGAGAUUGCAUUGUGCGACUACAUAAGAUAUGUCAAUCUGCUUAUUUUAAUUCGCGACCCAAUAAGAAUUGUCCGAGGUGCGAGACGGAGUGGGAUGGAAAGAACUAUGUUGGAGAAAAGGUGGUUACAUCGACAGAAGAUAAUUUGAGGGAAAAGCGAAGAAGCAGUGCUUCUUCACGAGGAAGAGGAGCCCCUGUCGAGGAAGAGGAAGCAGAGGAAGAAGAACAGGACGAGGACGAGAAUGAGCAAGAAUGA